AUGAUAGAAGACCAGUGGAGAUUGUCUAUCCCGACACGUCACCACAGGGUGCGAUUCUACAGCCGUGAGAAGGCUACCAAAUCGCAAAAUAAAAGAGGAUCCACUUUUUGGAAGGGAGAGACAAGCCGAAGUUCACCCCCUCGAUACACUCCCUCGAUUGGAUUGUGGUUCAUGUCAAUCCCGCGCAAGCUCCUGACUCUAUGCUUACUGGCAUGUGCGGCAGUCACUGGGGCCACCACCAUCCCAGCCGCGCCACGCUCGCACAAUCCAGUCCAGCGCAGCGUGACACCGCACAUGAUGGAGAUCGUCCAGGUCACCACCCCGGUUUCCUACGAUGACGUCUCCGCGCGGCUGUAUUCCAUGGUCGGGUUCCUCGACGGCGACACAUACCUGAUCGAGUCGCCGACGCUGGCGGUCUUGAAGGAGAGAGUCGCCAGUUCCGUGGGCUCCAGCGGACUGAUCCACUUCGCUGAGCACGACCACGGGGCCUGGUUCCAGCUCUUCUUCCAGAAUCCGACGUCCAGGUUCAAGCUGUUCGUGAUCGGGAACCCCGUAGUGGCCGAAACGAUGGUCAAGUACGACUUCCGGGCAUCGUACUUCGUGCCCGUCAGGAUACUGCUCUUGGAGAACGGGAACGGGACAAAGAUCUUCUACCAGCAGCCAUCUUCCGUGAUGAAUUUGAUUGGCUCAGAGGACUUGAAAAAUGCGACGGAAGCUCUGGAUCAGAAGGUAGAGUCCUUCAUCGACAGCAUCACGGCGAUUCUGUAG